AUGGAUUUCAGGACUGCCUGUGAAGAGACAAAGACAGGGAUUUGUUUGCUGCAGGAUGGUAAUCAGGAGCCUUUCAAAGUCCGGCUGCACCUAGCUAAAGAUAUUUUGAUGAUCCAGGAGCAAGAUGUGAUAUGUGUGUCUGGUGAACCUUUCUAUUCUGGUGAAAGAACGGUGACCAUUAGAAGACAAACUGUAGGAGGCUUUGGAUUAAGCAUCAAGGGGGGAGCAGAACAUAAUAUUCCAGUUGUCAUUUCAAAAAUCUCCAAGGAGCAAAGAGCGGAACUUUCAGGUCUGCUCUUUAUUGGGGAUGCGAUUCUGCAGAUAAAUGGAAUUAAUGUGAGAAAAUGCAGACAUGAAGAAGUGGUUCAGGUUCUUCGGAACGCUGGCGAAGAAGUGAACCUGACAGUGUCAUUUUUAAAAAGAGCGCCCGCUUUCCUCAAACUCCCACUGAACGAAGACUGCGCAUGUGCUCCAAGUGACCAGAGCAGUGGUACCUCCUCCCCUCUUUGUGACAGUGGGUUGCAUCUCAACUAUCAUCCCAACAAUACAGACACGUUGUCAUGUUCGUCCUGGCCAACAUCUCCAGGCUUGAGAUGGGAAAAACGAUGGUGUGACCUUAGGCUGAUCCCACUGCUUCAUUCACGUUUCUCUCAGUAUGUGCCUGGGACAGACUUGAGUCGGCAAAAUGCUUUUCAAGUCAUUGCUGUGGACGGGGUCUGCAGUGGGAUUAUUCAGUGCCUCUCUGCGGAAGACUGUAUUGACUGGCUACAAGCAAUAGCAACCAAUAUUUCAAACCUCACAAAGCACAAUAUUAAAAAAAUCAACAGAAACUUUCCCGUAAACCAGCAGAUAGUCUACAUGGGCUGGUGUGAAGCACGGGAGCAGGAUCCUCUACAAGAUCGAGCAUACUCGCCAACAUUUCUAGCCCUGAGGGGAUCCUGUCUUUACAAGUUUCUGGCACCUCCGGUGACAACGUGGGACUGGACCCGAGCAGAGAAAACAUUCUCCGUGUAUGAGAUUAUGUGCAAGAUUCUCAAGGACAGUGACCUGCUGGACCAGCGGAAACACUGCUUCACUGUGCAGUCUGAGUCUGGAGAAGACCUCUACUUCUCCGUGGAGUUGGACUCUGACCUCGCCCAGUGGGAACGAGCCUUCCAAACAGCAACCUUUCUGGAAGUGGAACGGAUACAGUGCAAGACGUAUGCAUGUGUGCUAGAAAGUCAUCUAAUGGGACUCACGAUCGACUUUAGCACAGGAUUUAUCUGCUUUGAUGGUGCAACAAAGGCUGUACUUUGGAGGUAUAAGUUUUCUCAGCUUAAAGGUUCUUCAGAUGAUGGCAAGAGCAAAAUCAAAUUUUUGUUUCAGAAUCCAGAUACUAAGCAGAUUGAAGCAAAGGAGCUGGAAUUUUCAAAUCUGUUCGCUGUUCUCCACUGCAUUCACUCGUUCUUUGCGGCCAAAGUAGCUUGUUUGGACCCUCUCUUUCUAGGCAAUCAGGCUGCAGCUUCCGCUGCUCCCAGCUCUGCUACAACAAGCAAAGCCAAGUACACAGCCUGA